CUUGUGGAUAUAUUGCUGUUCUGGGUACAGCCAACGUAUUUUAUUUGGCCGUUUUCCUUUCUACUUUGCUGUAGUUUUGUUUUUGUCUUUCUACCUUCCUUUCUUUCAUUUAUUCAGCUUCCCUUGUUUGCCAAGUCCUUCCUUUAUACUUUAUCAGCAAACAAGAAGAUGCAAUCCACCAUGGAAGAUGACAAAUGGUCAAUGCAUGACCAUAGCCAAAAUCAACCCAAUCGGCCCGAGAUGAGCGACUCUUAUUAUCAAACAUAUACUCCAUAUCCUAACGUCGCUCACUCCAAUGCAAUGCACCAUGAACAUAAGCCCGACACCGGCUAUCCAGGACAUCUAGCGUCAAUGUCCCAGCCGGGUACUCCACGUCCUGAAGACAUGUCUCCCAUUCAUUCCGAAACUUUGAGCCAACCUACCUCUCCAAUUGCCGAUGAUGGAGAUAGCUCACGACGCCCGAGCGCUUCUUCACGUUCUUCCUCAAUGUCAUCCAUCAUGUCUGGAAGAAGGUCUCGAAGAGCUGACCAUGGAAUGUCCGUCAAGGGAGGUCCGUUAUUUACGCCUACAAAGCAACUCGUUGAGCUUUGGACUAUGGACAGAUCAGCUGGGUAGGAAUUCAAAAGGUGGAUAGCAAACACUAAAUUUUCAUAUUACUUAUUCCUUUUGAAACGCAGACUUCAAGUUCAUCUUAACUGCAGAAUC